AUGAUGCACCUCACCGCGCCAAAGGCGAACUGCCUCUCCCCGGCGCCCACGCUCCCGAUCGAGGCGGUCGCCUGCGGCCGCCGACCAGUGUGCGCCGACAGCGAGGCGGUGCUGAGCGAGAAGGCCGCGGCUGCCGUUCCGGCGGUGCGCGAUGUGUUUGCGCACAACGGAGACGCUCGGGAGAAGGCGAGAGACGCCGACGGCGCCGGAUGCCGCGGCGACGGCAAGCGCGGCUUCGACGACGUCGACGUCGACUACGGCUGCAAGGGCGACGACUGCUGCGACUCGUCCAGCAAACCGCACUUCUUCUCCCUCUGCACCAAAUGUGCCAACGAAGGCAAGGAGAAGUCUCAGCAAAACCGGCGCGAGCCAGUGCGCGGACUGAUUAUUCGAAGCGAGAGCUUCGUGAACGCGUCGGAGGCAUCUCGCUGGGAAGUCGAGACGCAGUGCAACAGCCGCUCGGGCGGGGAGGGCGCCUCAGGUUCUCAGGCGGGGGACGGCCGCCCCGUCUCGCCGAGGCCCGACAAGCCUGUCUUCGACAGGUCCAAGAUCGUUCACGAAGUGCUUCUCCAAGACGGGCGACAAAUCACAGACAUCUACGACACGCCGAACGGCACGAAUUUAGGGAAGGGCUCGUAUGGCUCUGUGGUAAAGGCGAAAGACAUCAAAACAGGGAUUAUGCGCGCGAUCAAGGUCGUCUACAAGCCUCGCAUCGACAAUGUGACGCGGCUGAAACGGGAGAUUCUCAUCAUGAAGCGCCUGGACCAUCCGAACAUCAUCAAGCUGCUCGAGGUGUACGAGGACUCGAAGAACCUGUAUUUGGUCAUGGAGUUGUGCACCGGCGGAGAGCUGUUUGAGAGAAUUAUGAAGUCUGGGCAUUUUUCUGAGCGCUAUGCGGCCUCGCUCAUGAAGCAGGUUUUUUCUGCGGCCUCCUACUGUCACUCGCAGAAUGUCAUCCACAGAGACCUGAAGCCAGAAAAUCUCCUCUACGCAGACAGCUCCCCGCUUUCGGCCCUCAAAGUAAUCGAUUGGGGUUUCGCAGCGCGCUGCGGAAAGAGCCACAAGUUCAGCAGCGUCGUCGGCACGCCUUACUACGUCGCACCGGAAGUUCUCUUCGGGAAAUACGGAAGCGAGUGCGACAUGUGGAGCGCGGGCGUGAUUCUGUACAUCCUGCUUUGCGGCUACCCGCCCUUCCACGGGAAAGACAAUCAAGAGAUCCUGAAGAAAGUGCAGGUGGGCGAGUACAGCUUCGAUCCGCGGCACUGGCGCCGAGUGUCUGACCACGCCAAGGACCUCGUGAAGCGCUGCCUCACCUACGUGCCGGGUAAGCGCAUCACGGCGGCGGAGGCUCUGAGGCAUCCGUGGAUUCAGUGCUACACCGCCGGCGCGGGUCGACCCGAGCGCCCGAUUCCUGCGCGCCUGGGAGGCGACCUGAUUGAGCGCUUCAAGGCCUUCCAGCGCCUGCAUAAGCUGAAGAAGAUGGCAAUCACGUGCGUCGCCUACCAGCUGAACGACGCCGACAUCGGCAUGCUGCAUGACGCGUUCGCGGCACUCGACACCAACGCGGACGGCGUCCUGACCGUCGCGGAGAUUCAGCAGGGCCUCAAGCAGUGCUGCGUGGCUGGGGACGAGAUGAACGACAUUCUGAAGGAAAUGGACACGGACGGAAACGGCACGAUCGACUACACCGAGUUCAUCGCCGCCUCCAUCGACCAUAAGAUAUACGAGCAAGAGUCUGCUUGCCAGGCCGCCUUCAAGGUCUUUGACCUUGACGGAGAUGGAAAAAUCACUGUGGACGAGCUUCAAAAAGUCCUCGAGACGCGCUGCGUCCAGGAGGCUUUCAGCAAAGAAGUCGUGGCAGAAAUGCUAAAAGAGGGCGAUUCCAACAACGACGGAUGCAUCGACUUCGAUGAGUUCAUGCGAAUGAUGCGGGGGAGGCAAAGAAAGGCCUCUGAGACUGCGUCGCCGCUUGCGCGCGCGCGCGCCCUGCUGUAUCGCCGAUACGAGAAUUGA